GUUCACGCUGCGUGUAGAUCACGCGAGACUUUACGAGACGAUAAGUUGAGGGGAACAUGGCGACGUCUAAUUUGCUAAAGAACAAAGGCUCCCUUCAAUUUGAAGACAAAUGGGACCUGAUGCGUCCCAUAGUUCUGAAACUCCUACGGCAGGAGUCCGUCACCAAACAGCAGUGGUUUGACCUGUUCUCAGACGUCCAUGCUGUGUGCCUGUGGGAUGACAAAGGUCCAGCUAAGAUCCACCAGGCCCUCAAAGAGGACAUCCUAGAUUUUAUCAAACAAGCACAAGCACGGGUGUUGAGUCACCAGGACGACACAGCGUUGCUGAAGGCCUACAUCGUGGAGUGGAGGAAGUUCUUCACACAGUGUGACAUCCUGCCCAAGCCUUUCUGUCAGCUGGAGAUCACUCUGAUGGGCAAGCAAGGAAGCAACAAGAAGUCCAACAUGGAGGACAGCAUCGUCCGCAAGCUGAUGCUGGACACAUGGAACGAGUCCAUCUUCUCCAACAUUAAAAACCGGCUACAAGAUAGUGCCAUGAAGCUCGUCCACGCUGAGAGGCUGGGAGAGGCCUUUGACUCCCAGCUGGUCAUCGGAGUAAGAGAGUCCUACGUGAACCUUUGUUCCAACCCGGACGACAAGCUGCAGAUCUACAGGGACAACUUUGAGAAGGCAUAUAUGGAUUCUACUGAGAGGUUCUACAGAACACAGGCGCCUGCCUACCUCCAGCAAAAUGGGGUCCAAAACUACAUGAAAUAUGCUGAUUCGAAGCUGAGGGAAGAGGAGAAACGUGCACUGCGAUACCUGGAGACCAGACGUGACUGUAACUCUGUACAAGCAGUGAUUAAUGGGUGUUAAAUGCACUAAUGCCUGUCCUGCCCCAUCAAGGAGACCAUCUUAGCCGAGUGUCCAGGCAUGAUCAAACGAAAUGAGACAGAGAAGCUGCAUCUGAUGUUCUCUCUUAUGGACAAAGUACCCAGCGGCAUCGAGCCCAUGCUGAAGGACCUGGAGGAGCACAUCAUGAGCGCCGGCCUGGCUGAUAUGGUGGCCACAGCAGAGACGAUCACCUCUGACUCGGAGAAAUAUGUGGAGCAGCUGCUCACCUUAUUUAACCGCUUCAGCCGACUGGUGAAACAGGCCUUUCAGGAUGACCCACGCUUCUUGACAGCUCGAGACAAAGCAUAUAAAGCUGUUGUGAAUGACGCCACUAUAUUUAAAUUAGAACUUCCUAUGAAACAGAAAGGGGUAGGUCUGAAAACUCAACCAGAGUCCAAGUGUCCAGAGCUGCUGGCCAACUACUGUGACAUGCUCUUGAGGAAGACCCCGCUGAGCAAGAAGCUCACCUCUGAGGAGAUAGAGGCCAAGCUCAAGGAAGUGCUGUUGGUGCUCAAGUAUGUCCAGAACAAAGACGUGUUCAUGCGCUACCACAAAGCUCACCUCACCCGUCGACUCAUCCUAGACAUCUCGGCCGACAGCGAGAUAGAGGAGAACAUGGUGGAGUGGCUCAGGGAAGUAGGAAUGCCAGCUGACUAUGUCAACAAGCUGGCCAGGAUGUUUCAAGACAUCAAGGUGUCAGAGGACCUCAACCAAUCUUUCAAAGAAAUGCAUAAACAUAACAAGCUUGCUUUACCAGCUGACUCGGUCAACAUAAAGAUCCUGAAUGCUGGAGCGUGGUCGAGGAGCAGCGAGAAGGUUUUCGUCUCUCUACCUACAGAGCUGGAAGAUUUGAUACCAGAGGUAGAAGACUUUUACAAGAAGAACCACAGUGGCAGGAAGCUUCACUGGCAUCACCUCAUGUCCAACGGCAUUAUAACCUUUAAGAAUGAGGUGGGCCAGUAUGACCUGGAGGUGACCACCUUCCAGCUGGCUGUGCUGUUUGCCUGGAACCAGAGGCCCAGGGAGAGGAUCAGCUUUGAAAACCUCAAGCUAGCCACGGAGCUGCCGGACGCCGAGCUGCGACGCACUCUCUGGUCUCUGGUGGCUUUUCCCAAACUCAAGCGGCAGGUGUUGUCGUACGACCCGGUGGUGUCUUCACCCAAAGACUUUGCAGAAGGAACAUUAUUCUAUGUCAACCAGGAGUUUUCUCUCAUAAAAAACUCAAAGGUUCAGAAAAGGGGGAAGAUUAACCUGAUAGGUCGGCUGCAGCUCACCACAGAGCGAAUGCGAGAGGAGGAGAACGAGGGCAUCGUCCAGCUAAGGAUACUAAGAACGCAGGAGGCCAUAAUCCAGAUCAUGAAGAUGAGGAAGCGCAUCAACAACGCCCAGCUGCAGACCGAGCUGGUGGAGAUCCUAAAGAACAUGUUUUUACCACAGAAGAAGAUGAUCAAGGAGCAGAUCGAGUGGCUGAUAGAUCACAAGUACAUAAAGCGGGAUGAGACCGAUUUAAACACCUUCAUCUACAUGGCAUAGCACAGCACAUCGGAAUGACUCGUGUUGACUUUGGUUUCAGUGGAUCAGGCCUGAUGGACACUAGGAUACUUCCAGGCUCCCCGUCCUCUAUUUAAACACAAAACAAAAUCCAUUCUUGUGCAGGGAGGCAUGAAUUUAAGACUGAGACCUAUUUAAAAGAAGAGAAUUGUACAAAGAAAACAAAGUUGAAGUGGGAGUCUGCACCAAGUGGCUAUAACUGUUUUUGUUUGAGGGAGUUUCCUUGCUGUCCAGAUGAGGCUGUUAAUUGUUAAUGGUCUUUUUUUGAUCCCGUGCCCUGUCAUCUGGGCAGCUACUACGACACUCCUGUGCAAGUCUAAAAGGCAUGCUGACCGGAAAAGCUGAGGAACUUUGGAUAUCAAAAUAUCUGCAGUGCAGUUUUAAUCCACGUCAAAUACCAGAUCACCUGAACCUUGAACAAAACGCUGCCCUCUUCGCGCUGCUUUAACCGAGCCGGUUGGUUUGUCACGAGGGCCCUGAUGCUGUCAUGACCCUCUGCAGUAGUUAAAGUGAUCAAACACUUAAUCCGGACAUUCAGUGUGUAUAAAGAGCCAGAUAAGCACUUCACAGUUUGCAGGACUGUACCAGACGGCAACGUUGAGAGCCAACUCCAAAACCUGUCAACCCUCAGUCCCUGGGUAAAGAAUUAGCAUAUUGCUAUAAUCCAGAAAUUCAUUUCCCUCUACCGAAACGUACCCAGAGACAGAGGUGGACUGGGGAGUUGAACUCUGAGCUCAGCUCAUGUUUGCAUCAGCUCUCUUUUCUGCAGGAAGCCUGGGAGAAGAGGCUGAGGUCAGUAUUACACAUGGUAAAUACUACAAGUGAAAGCUUUAGGAGAGUGUACCAUGAGAUGUGAACAAUGAAAUGAUUAAAUAAACAGCACCUUAUUAUAAAA